AUAAAACGUGAAGCGGCGCUUAUUCGAGUUUGGUCAGCGUGCUCCUCCUCCUCCUCUCGGCUUCUACUCCACCGCACAGGUCCAAACAAACAUUUUUGAUUCAUCGCCGGCGAAAAUGGUGACUGCCAAGAAAACGAAGAAGUCUCAUGAGGGAAUCAACAGUAGGUUGGCCCUUGUGAUGAAGAGUGGUAAAUACACUCUUGGUUACAAGUCUGUUCUCAAAUCCCUCCGUGGCUCCAAAGUUCUCACAGGGAAACUGAUUCUAAUCUCCGCCAAUUGCCCACCUUUGAGAAGAUCAGAGAUUGAGUACUACGCUAUGCUCGCCAAAGUUGGUGUCCACCACUACAAUGGAAACAACGUUGAAUUGGGUACAGCUUGCGGAAAGUACUUCCGUGUUUCUUGUCUGAGCAUUGUUGAUCCUGGUGAUUCUGACAUUAUCAAGUCAAUUCCUGGUGAUCAGUGAUUCAAUUUUCCAUCUCCCGGACUUUUUUUUUAUCCAGUUUUGUAUUUGAGAGCCUCUCAAAGUUUUUAUGAGCUAUAGACAUUGUGUUUCUUUUUCGUCAAAUUUUAUUCUAUUAAGGACCAGAUACGACAGUUUUCGCAUUUUCUUAUGCAAACAUUACAAAAGUUUUCGCA